GACGCUCUUCGCGCAACUGCCAUCAUCGACGAAUCUCGGGUUUGUAUUCAGCCAACGGCAGUAACAAGGUUCAUUCGAGCAUCCAUCAUCAUGGGUUGAUUCUGUUGAUGUAAUGACCUCGGUCGGGGUUCAGUACUUCAGUACCAGUGGCAGUUCAGGAGUUUUUUGCGGAAACGUGUUGAGAGGUGUCGAGCUACUUGCAAUCCUUCUGGAAUCUUUCUGCGCACUGCCAUCCUGUCCACCAUUCACACCUUUUGUUCAUUCAAUGAGGGCAGGAUUCCAUGAUGGAUAUCACUGCUAGCGGAAUGAACACCUAUGUACACCCGGUAAAAACGCCUUCAACACCGCCUUCGGAAACAGUUAUCUAGAACGUGCCCUGGAUAUGACGCGAGAGCCACCCUUUUCUCCCUUUCCCAAUCACUACUCAAAUGACUACCCACUUCAACGACUCGGAACAGAUUGGAAUUUUCUUUGAAGAAUACGAUGAGGCCAACCGAGGAUGGGAUAGUCAGGGUUUCCCCUUGGAUCCUGAUUUUACCUCUCGAUUCCCGUCAUUAAUUGGUAUUCGUGUAUCAAACACCGUCUCCGCAGGCGUCAAUGAAUCCCCAAUCACAUUCCCGGUCCCCCGUGUCGGUUGUAUUUCCCUAGAAGACGCUCGCAACAUCGACAGUUUAGAUCUGGGAUCACUGUUGGCAUCGAGCUUGGAAAUUAGCCAGGGUCGUCCGACUCCUUCUUCAUUCCACGAUUCCCCAGGUUACACGUCGGCUGAGGAAACCACUUCUUUCCCUCUCUCUGUUUCAUACUCUCAAAGUGCCCCUCAUUCCGUCUCGACGUGCGUCGAGCAGGGUUAUAGUUCCGCCGAGGAUUCGGCUCAUUCGGCUCUUUCUGCUGGUCGCACAUAUCCUCAUUUACCAGCUGGAUCCUCCCCUUUCACCUCGCACAGUCAUUCUCCUGUGGGGGGCAGGCCUACGUUGAGCAUCCAAUGCGACCGCGGAUUAGAGGCGCCUUACGGAUCUGUCAACCCAUCUACUCCCCCGCUUUCGUCAGACUACGCCUCCGAUAGCGGGUCUCUUCGCUCUUUUGAUUACUUGAGUCCACAGAAUAUCGGACACAGUCGUCGCGACUCCCUCACGGUGCCUACAACUAGCAUUGAACCAUCGAGAGGACGAUCUCGUUUUCGUAUGCCGCCUUACCACGGUGGAGGCCGACAUCUCCCUUAUGGUCGGAAUGGGCAUUCCAGUCGCUCCAGUAGCUUUGUGGCUAACGAUACUUCCGACUUUGAAGGAACGGUGUCCCUGCAACCUAAUUGCUCCAAUCGCAGGCCGAGAUCCUCUAGUGUCAUCUCGAGCUCUAGCUCGUUCAACGGCGACAUCUCCGACAGUGACGGCUACUUCUCUUCACACGAGCUGUCAGAUGGUUACUCUCACUACAGCCGGUCUCGCGAUCCGAGUCCUUCGUACGACUCUUCGAGUGAGGCAAGACCUCCCACGAGCCGUCAGCAUCAUGAUACACCUUUCUCUCAUGAUGUGACCAUCACUGGGGGUGACUAUCGGAGGAACGUCGGGUCGCCCGCCAUUGUGAAGGCGAGUACAGAUCGCAGGAAGAAGACCGCCAAAUUCAAGUGUACAGAACCCAAUUGCGAAUCGACCUUUACCACGAAGCAGAAUUUGAGGAACCACCUCAAUUCGCACCUGGGCAUAAGACAAUUCCGUUGCAAUACCUGUGAUAAAGCUUUUACCACCUUACACGUACGAGAAAGGCACCAGAACACUUGUCGUGCUAAAAUUAAACCAAUCCUCGAGACCUAACACUCGCAUCAAAGAGGUCAUUAGACAUAGUCAGACUAUCAAUUCAGGACUCUGUAGGACACUGCCUCGUUGUCUCUUUUAUCCCGUCUCCGAACUUUUGUUUUUUUGCCGGGUUCGCGUUUCCAAAUCUUCCCUUAAUUCUGCCUCAUUAACUUGGUUCCUUCAACGUGUGAUCAUUCGAAUUACGCCCUGCCAUCCUGCUAGAUUAUCUUUUUUAUCUUUUUCAUAUAUCCAUCUUUUCGAUACCCACGUUAAAGCUGUUUAACGCCUAGUAACUUACAAUAUUUUUACUCGCUAACGCACUUCGACUUGUUUUUAUAAUCUCGUAUACAUUGAAUGCUGUAUUUUUUUUUUCUCUGUACGUUCUCUUUACACCUUUUCUUGACAGGUCCGUAUGGUAAGAAGGCCAAAUGUCAAAAAGGCAGUU